CGCGCGCUGAGUGUGGCCGCCGGGACCCAGCAGCCCGCCGCCCGCCCGGUGUCCCUCCUUUCCAGCUAUUCAGCCUCCUCACCGGUCUUCCCAUCAUCCGCCCCUAACCCAUUACGACCUCCACUCAAAGUUUCCUUGGCAGAGACGCCUGGGCGCAGCGGCUGGAGCCAAGACGCCGCGGUGGAGGGCGAUCCUCGGCGUGGCUCUACUGCCUGCUCCGCACAGAACCCGCCCGAGCGCAGGUUUUCCUACUUGGCGGGAGCAGGGGGAGGGGUGCAGUGGAGAGAGUCAGAAGAAGCCUAGGCUCUUGACAGAAUACACAGCUUGGCUGCCCAACGCAUUUGUGGGGUCACAGAAGAAAACUGGAUCUGCAGCCAAGUUGCCUGAGCAGGAACAGGGGAGGUUUCCACUGCCACCGAGGUUGUCCCUGUCUCCGUCACAACAGGCAUGAGGGUUAAACCAGAGAUGCCUUGACUGCCAGGGCUUUAGGAUCCAACAUUUCCUCCCUGGCCCCUGUGAAAGAAAACGCCGAGAGAGCUCAGACGGGGGGGCGCCUGGAAGGAGACCCCGGACUCCAGUAAGCUUCAUCCUCCUUGGCUUUGGAUUUUAAGGACACGAAGGGACACCAACAGCAUCUCAAGGGUAUCUACUGAGGAUGGUUUCAAGAUGUAGAAUGGUUAGAUGUAAAGUACCCCGGAUGAAGCUGAAGAACCUGUGUUGACAGUACUUCAUGUUGCGGAAUUGACGAGUGACACGGAAAGACAGCACCAUGAGCUCUAAGGACUUCUAAGCUGUUCUGUGAAUUUUGAAGCAUAUGAGCAUAGUAAGAAAAUUAUUUUAAGAAGUCUCUAAGGCAAAGAGCACAGGUGGUCACCACCAGCAUGAGGAGCCCGGUUCAAAUUGAUGAAGUCAAAGAAGCAAAAUGCAGCAUUCGAGGCAUGUUUCAAGAAACUGGCUUGUGGGACUUUGAGAGAAGCUGCUACCUGUGACACGCUGGAAGUACCAUGAUCAACUACUCGGUUUGGAUUUCACCCAAUGGCCAUGAGCUUUGUGUGGUAGACAGCAGGGGUUGGAUUUUUAAAAAAGAGCAAACCAGGCCCGUAACCAAGGUGUAGACUAAGAAGUGGAGCCAUGCUUCACACGGCCAGACCAUGCUGGCAGCCGUUCCUGGGUCUGGCUAUGGUGUUCCUCCUCGUGGGAUCCACCAUCGGCUGUCCUGCUCGCUGUGAGUGCUCCGCCCAGAACAAAUCUGUUAGCUGCCACAGAAGACGUUUGAUCGCCAUCCCAGAAGGCAUUCCCAUUGAGACCAAAAUCUUGGACCUCAGCAAAAACAGGUUAAAAAGCGUCAACCCUGAAGAAUUCAUAUCAUAUCCUCUCUUGGAGGAGAUAGACUUGAGUGACAACAUCAUUGCCAAUGUGGAGCCCGGGGCUUUUAACAACCUCUUUAACCUACGAUCCCUCCGCCUGAAAGGCAAUCGCCUUAAGUUGGUACCGUUGGGAGUAUUCACAGGACUGUCCAACCUCACCAAACUUGACAUUAGUGAGAAUAAGAUUGUUAUUUUGCUGGACUACAUGUUCCAGGAUCUCCAUAACCUGAAAUCUCUAGAAGUGGGGGACAAUGAUUUGGUUUAUAUAUCACAUAGGGCCUUUAGCGGACUACUUAGCUUGGAGCAGCUCACCCUGGAGAAGUGCAACUUAACAGCAGUACCAACAGAAGCCCUUUCCCACCUCCGCAGCCUCAUCACCUUGCAUCUGAAGCAUCUUAAUAUCAACAAUAUGCCUGUGUAUGCCUUUAAAAGAUUGUUCCACCUGAAACACCUAGAGAUCGACUACUGGCCUUUGCUCGAUAUGAUGCCGGCCAAUAGUCUCUAUGGUCUCAACCUCACCUCCCUCUCCAUCACUAACACCAACCUGUCCACUGUCCCCUUCCUUGCCUUUAAACACCUGGUAUACCUGACCCACCUUAACCUCUCCUACAAUCCCAUCAGCACUAUCGAAGCAGGCAUGUUCUCUGACCUGAUCCGCCUACAGGAGCUUCAUAUAGUGGGGGCCCAACUGCGCACCAUAGAGCCUCACUCCUUCCAAGGGCUCCGCUUCCUCCGUGUGCUCAAUGUAUCUCAGAACCUGCUGGAAACAUUGGAAGAGAAUGUCUUCUCCUCCCCUAGGGCUUUGGAGGUCCUGAGCAUUAACAACAACCCACUAGCCUGCGACUGCCGACUCCUCUGGCUCCUACAGCGACAACCCACCCUACAGUUUGGGGGCCAGCAGCCCAUGUGUGCCGGGCCAGACACCAUCCGUGAGAGAUCAUUUAAGGAUUUCCAUAGCACUGCUCUUUCUUUUUAUUUCACCUGCAAAAAGCCCAAAAUCCGUGAAAAGAAGUUACAGCAUCUCCUAGUGGAUGAAGGACAAACGGUCCAGCUAGAGUGCAAUGCUGACGGAGACCCACAGCCCAUGAUUUCCUGGGUGACACCCCGAAGGCGUUUCAUCACCGCCAAAUCCAAUGGAAGGGCCACUGUGUUGGGUGAUGGCACCCUGGAAAUCCGUUUUGCCCAGGAUCAAGACAGUGGGUUGUAUGUUUGCAUUGCUAGCAACGCUGCUGGGAACGACACCUACACAGCCUCCCUCACUGUGAAGGGAUUCACUUCAGACCGCUUCCUUUACGCAAACAGGACCCCUAUGUACAUGACCGACUCCAAUGACACCGUUUCCAACGGCACUAAUGCCAAUACUUUUUCUCUGGACCUUAAAACAAUACUGGUAUCUACAGCCAUGGGCUGUUUCACAUUCCUGGGAGUGGUUUUAUUUUGUUUUCUCCUCCUUUUUGUGUGGAGCCGAGGAAAAGGCAAGCACAAAAACAGCAUUGACCUCGAGUAUGUGCCCCGAAAAAACAAUGGUGCUGUCGUGGAAGGGGAGGUGGCUGGACCCAGGAGGUUCAACAUGAAAAUGAUAUAAGGGCCCACCACACACCCUACUGUCUUGUGUCCCUGUUGGUCAUGAGUAAGACGUCUGACGUAGUAAACCACAAGGUUAUCAGGCAGCUUCGUGCAGCUGUCCCUGUGUCAAAGCAGGGUUAAUGGAAGCAGGAGGUCUCCUUCGGGAUACUGGCCGGUUAGAGGCAAGCAGGCAUGUGUCACAGCCCUUCACACAUGGGAUACUAAGUGUUUGCAUUGCAGAUGUUGGCAUUCUGGGGAUCUCAGUAACGAACCUGAACCUUUGGCUCAUGCUGACGGACAACAAUUCAACAUUUUCUACCACUGCAAAAAACAAAAGAGAAAAAUAAAAGAGAACAACCUACAGUGUAGGAUUUACAUAUUAAAAAGACACAUUUGUCUAAAAACAUACUCUACAGUAAAAUUUGUAUUUAUUAUUAUCAUUUGUUAAAACCUUGCAUCAUACAAUACUAUUGGUUCAGUACCAAAAAGAGAUCAAUAUAUUCUUUUUUUUUUGAAACAUAUAUGCUGUAUAUGUUUUAAAGCAAUAUGAAUGAGAGGUUGUGCUUUUAGUUACUCACCAGUAUAGAUCCAAGUGUGAUUUCACCUUCCUUUUACCCACCAAUAUCUGAGGCUAGAUCCCUGGAGUAACAGGCAGAGAUGUGUUGGGAUGUGUAUGUCUGAUGUAGGAUGCCAAGAAACAGGACCCAAGUCAAAUCUGCUCAACUCUGUUAACUUCUGUUACUAUAAAUAAAGGCAUGUGCCUAGUUUUGAUACA